GCUGGUGAACAACAGUAAUUCAAACUGACUAGUUUCCUCUGUUCCAUUACCAUACAGGACACAAAUGCAGUCAUCCUCCUGUGACAGAUCUAAUUAUUAAGGGUUUCUGAGCUCAAUUAGCUCAGCAAUGUUCUCUUUGAACUGUGGAGGGGUAUGACAGGAGGAGGAUAUGAACUCGCACUAGAGAUGGGAUACCAUGGUGGGGGAUGUGUUAAUGUUUGGAGCACUGAUAAAGCAGACAGAGACAGGGAGGAGCGGCUGGUGGGUGUGUGUGUGUGUCUAUGUGUGUCUGUGUGCGUGUGUGUGUGUGUGUGUGUGUGUGUGUGUCAGGCAGUAUCACAGUUCAUCUCGCUUCUCCAGCAAACUUGUGUCAGGACCAUUCAGCCCUGAGGAGCUUUCUCUACCUCUGCCUCUCCUUUCUGAAGUAUCUUUGCCAACCACUUGUUACUUGCAGGACAGUGAGACACGCUCCGUCAACUCAACACCUGUUGUACUUCCUGUAGUACUGUGUAAAAAUAAAUAAAUACAAAAUGGGCAAUUAUACAGCUGGAACUACAGAAGGUAUACAUCUAAAGUGCAACAUGUCUGGAAACCACAAUUUCAUCUUCACUUUGAUCCCCGUUGUCUAUGGCUGUAAUUUUAUCAUCGGCAUUGUGGGGAAUAGCAUGGUGGUGGCUGUCAUCUACUGGUACAUGAAGCUGAAGACAGUGGCAAACAUCUUUGUGCUCAACCUGGCCGUGUCCGACCUCACCUUCCUCAUCACUCUGCCCAUGUGGGCCACCUUUACCGCCACAGGCUACCACUGGCCCUUCAGCGGCUUCCUGUGCAAGGCCAGCGCUGGGCUGGUCAUCUUCAACCUCUACACCAGUGUCUUCUUCCUCACCUCGCUCAGCAUCGACCGCUACCUGGCCAUCGUGCAUCCGGUGCGGUCGCGGCAGCGUCGGACGGUGGUCUACGCCCGCAUCACCUGUGUCCUCAUCUGGGUCUUCGCCUUCCUGCUGAGCGUACCCACCGCGCUGACCCGCGACGUCUUCCAGAUCACGUCCUCCAACAUCACUGUCUGCGCCAUUCUGCAACGCACCCAGCCCAACCAAGCGCUGGUGGCCAUCAGCCUAAUGAAGAGCGUCCUGGGCUUCCUCAUCCCCUUCAUCAUCAUCAUCACCUGCUACUGCCUGAUAGGCAAGGCCCUUCUGGACUCCAACUGCAUCCAGAAGGACAAAUCGCACAGCGACGAGGUGCUGCGGAUGCUGGCCGCCGUGGUCCUGGCAUUCUUCAUCUGCUGGGUGCCGCACCAGGUCUUUCACUUCAUGGACGUGCUGGCUCUGCUCAAGGUGAUUGAGAACUGCCGCACAAUCGACAUCAUUGACACGGCCAUGCCCUUCACCAUCUGCAUCGCCUACUUCAACAGCUGUAUGAACCCCAUCCUGUACGGCUUUGUGGGGAGAAACUUCCGGAAGAACCUCCUGCUGCUGCUGCGGUGCGCCCCGCCCGCCGCCAGGCCACACCCAGGCGUCGCCCACAAGACCAGCAGCCUCCCCUACCGCACGUCGGAAAUGCUGCCUCUAACCACCGGCAAAGAAGUCUCCUUGCCCGAUGUUAAAUGAGGUCCUUGUCUGAGACUCUUACAAAAACUGUUCUUAAACAGUCAAAAAUUUUCCCAUGUGUUUAUGUCCCUUUUUUAUCCUUUUCACCCAUUUCUUUCCUUUUGUCACAGUUUUUUUAUGCUAAGGUACAUUCAUAGGCCCAUUUACAAGGUCCUCCACCAAUUCAGGACAGCAUAGGAAAAUACAAGCUAUAGCCUUUAUGCUUGUUACUGAUUCUUUUCAGUCUGCAGUACAACAGCUGUACUAUGCAGUGUUCUAGUACUACAUUUCAUGAGCAGUAACUGCAGGCAGACUGCAGAUGCCUGAUUGACCGAGUCACUGUUGUGCGAUGAGAUGAUGACAGCUCUAUUGAAUGAAACCCUCCUUCCCCCAGGAAGACUAUGGCCACCCUAUAAUCCCUUCAUAAGAAGUUUCAUAUAUCAAACUCUUGGUGCUUUUUUUCCUCAUGUAAAGCUCCUGUUUAACUUCUGAGUAACAUUUACAAUUAUUUGGCCAAAGAGGCUAAUGGAUUUAUUGUCACCAUAAAACAAAAAAAGUAUUUGUAAAUUACCGGUCAUAGAACAAUAUAGGAUUGGCAGUCAUUGGAAUUACUGGAAUAUGCUGUGUGAUUAACAAACAUUUCUGGCUUAAAUGUAUAGUUACUCAAAUAUUCGUACCUGUUUAUUUCCCAAAAAUACUUCGGAAAGAUCAUUUUGGUGAUCAAAUAAGUUAGGCCUUAAGUAUACAUAUACUCCAUAUGUGUGAUGGAGACCUACAUAUUAGCUUGUUCACUACAUAAAUUUAAUUAAAAUAGAGAAUAUCAUUCAUAAAUUAAGAAUUGUAUGUGGGAAUCAGUACAUGUACAAUUGCAGUUUAAAGAGAUUUUCUAGUGCUGGACUAUUAUCACAUGAUGACAUAUCACCUGAUUUGUGGGUGGAGGAACGUUGUGACUGGAAUUGAGAGAUAAAAUACAUUGGGCCUAUUGUCCAAGGAAGAAAAUGUUAGUUUUCAUUUUUAUCAAUCAACCAAUAUUGGAUAUCCAUUCUGAUAUAUAUAUAUAUAUUUAUAUAUAUAUAUAUAUAUUUUUUUUUUUAACAAUAAAUGCUGAUUCUGAUUACACCAUCCACCAAUUUAAAUGUCCCUUAUGGUGGCCACACACAUCUAGAGCUCAAACCUGCAGGACACUGGAUUGGCAAGACACACAGAAUAUUUCUUGAUAACAUUUCUUGAUAGCUAUUUAUUUGCACCCUGGGAGAACAGGCAAACUCCACCCAGACAAAAUGUAAUUAUAAAUCAUAUAUAAUUUAGUUUUCUGGUGCAAUGUCUUAUUUUCUCUGCCAUGCAUUGGUACGGAACAUGAAAUUGUUGUUUGAUUUAGAAAACAACAAUUGUGGUCAGUACAGGGCACAGCAGUUCCACACUCAAUGCUGGAUCUUGAACAGGAAUUACAUUAAUCAUUUGCUGGUUACAGCUGAGAAUAAGGACUACUUCAGUAAGGUCCAUCUAGCAUCCAUGUCUUUAACUCUGGCAUCAUCCAAACCAUUUUAACUAUUUGUCUUCUUCCGUUGCAACAACCUGCAUAUUCUGCUACUUGGUCAAGGGAUUGUGUAAAUAUGUGCUAGUAUACAAGUAGAAUAUUUUUGUACAGAUUUUCUUGUGUUGCAAUGUGUUUUGCUGCUUCAAAAUGUUUUUGUCACAUUGCCUAGUUGCCUUUGGUUCAUAUUUAAGUACUUGGAGGUAAGGCAUUUGAGUGGCAAAGCUGGGUUUUCUAAUUCUAAGCAGCAAAAUAAAAAAAUAAUAUAAAUCUGGGAGACACAAAUAAAACUGAUUUUCAGAGA